CAGGGUGCGUUACCGUCGAUAGAACGCGGAUCCAUUCGGACGAUCAGUUGCUCUCCGACUGCCGCGGUGGAAUGUCGUCGGUUGAGGAACGCUCGCGUCGUCGAUGAGGAAGAACGCGAUCGUAAUAAAAUACGUUUAGACUCUCGUAGAAAGAAGGAGCGCGGAAAGUUUAUAGUGUGUAAAGUGUUUCGAACGAACGAAUGGGUACGAUCUCUCUCAGUGACAUCGAAUUGGUUUAUAUCGUUGAUCGUAGUUAAUAUUGCAUUAUCGUUCUCUCGAGUGUAUUCUUAUUCGGGGACGAGUAUGAGCGCGUGACGGCAGGAUAAUAGAGAUCAAGAAGAAAAGGUGCCACUCUCGAGCGUACCGCCGCCGCCAGCACCGCCGCCGCCGCCGCCGCCGCCGCCGCCGCCGCCGCCGCAGCGUCCCCCAACGUAGAAAAGGAGGAAUUAUCUCAUCCGGUGGCGAGAGCUCGCUAAAUCAUCGAUGGAUACUACGUUGAUACGUUCGGUGCUCGGCUUGGGCCUUUUGUGUUGGCUCCUGCCGAAGGACGAGCGUUCGAUCUUUUUGGUCUACGGUAGGAGUAUCACGAGUUUGGAAGCGCCAACCGGGUGCGAGUGGCGCAGAGAGGAGAACGAGGAAGCGGACGAGGAGGAGAGAACGUUGGCUUGCAAAGUGAGGACAAUCGCGAACGUGGCCGGCCUCAUAGGGAAUCUCUCGAGCAUUCAAAUCGACUCGAUAACCUCCUUGGGAUUGGAAUGCAGCGACGUUCUCUUCUUCGAGAGCCAGCUCGAGGGUCCCCAUGGUUUUCUUUCGCCUCUACCGAGAUUGGAGAAGCUCCGCGUCGACUAUUGCAAGAUACGUUAUUUACCGGCUGGCGCUUUCGCCUCGGCGCAAAAUCUUCGUGGUCUUUCGGUGCGUACCCACAACGGUGAUUGGUCGGCUAUGACCUUGGAACUCGACCGAGACUCCCUUCUAGGCCUGGCCGAUCUCGAGGAGCUCGAUCUCGGCGAUAACAAUCUAUGGACGCUACCGACCGAUCUCUUUUGUCCCGUAGUCAGUCUCUCGCGAUUGAACCUGACGCGCAACAAGUUACAGGACGCCACGUCUCUCGGUUUCUCCGAUCGUUUACGGUCGUGCACGCCGAAUCUCGAGAGUUUGGAUUUGAGCGGCAACGAUCUAGGCGCGUUGCCCGAUCGCACGCUCGCCGGUUUGCGCUCCUUGACCGUUCUCAAGUUGCAAGAGAACGCGAUAGCCGCCGUGGGCGAUCACGCAUUGGCCGGUCUCGCUAAUCUCAGAUCGUUGAACGUGUCGAGCAACAGGCUCGUCGCGCUCCCACCGGAAUUGUUCGCGAAAACGAAGGAAUUACGGGAGCUCGUCUUGAGCAACAAUUCGUUGGCGGUACUCGCGCCGGGUCUUUUGGACAGCCUCGAGGAAUUGCAGGUACUCGAUUUGAGCGGAAACGAAUUGACCAGCCGUUGGGUCAAUCGUGAGACCUUCUCUCGGCUCGGCCGAUUGCUCGUUCUCGAUCUAUCGUACAACGGCUUGACGAAGAUCGACUCGCGCGUCUUCGAGGGACUCUACAGCCUUCAGAUAUUGAAACUCGAGCACAACGAGAUCGAGACGCUUUUAGACGGGUGUUUCGCGUCGCUGACGAAUCUUCACACGUUGACGCUCUCGCACAACAAGAUAGGACGAUUCGAGCCAAGCCACGCGCACGGUCUCACCGCUCUCGAACAGCUCUUCUUGGAUGGCAACAGAUUACGGGCUUUGCAUCGUCGCGUAUUCGCCAAUCUGACCGAGCUAAAGGACUUGUCUCUCAGUGGCAAUUCCUUAACGGAGAUACCCUAUGCCGUUCGUGUUUUGCACUCUUUGAAAACAUUGGACCUUGGGAACAAUCACGUGUCCAGGAUCGACAACGAAUCCUUCGCGGGAUUGAACGAGCUCUAUGGUUUGCGCCUGGUCGACAACAAAUUGGAGAACGUGUCUCGCGAGGCAUUCUCGACGUUACCGGCGUUACAGGUGCUUAAUCUCGCCAACAAUUACAUUCGUCACGUCGAACAGAGCGCCUUCGCUAAGAAUCCGGUCCUUCGGGCGAUACGUUUGGACGGCAAUCGAUUGACGGAGAUACGCGGUGCCUUCACCAGUCUCUCAACCUUGGUCUGGCUCAAUGUCUCGGACAACAAGCUGCUCUGGUUCGACUACAGUUAUCUGCCGUCGAGCAUAGAGUGGCUCGACAUACACGCCAAUCAGAUAAGCGAGCUCGGCAAUUACUACAUGGUACGGAACGCUCUGAACAUAAAGAUGCUCGACGCCAGUUUCAACCUCGUCACCGAAAUCUCCGAGGCCAACGUCCCCGACAGCGUGGAGACCCUUUUUCUCAACAACAAUCGUAUACGUACGGUCGCGGCAGGGACCUUUCUACGAAAGACCAAUCUACAGAAGGUCGUGUUGUACGGGAACGAGAUAAAGAACGUCGAGGUGGCCGCGUUGAGCCUACAACCGGUCCCGGAGAACAGGGACGUGCCGAUCUUCUACAUAGGGAACAAUCCUAUACUAUGCGACUGCACGAUGGAAUGGUUACCGCGCAUAAACGAGCUCGCCCGUCUCCGUCAACAUCCUCGGGUACUCGAUCUCGAUUCCGUCAGCUGCGAGAUGGUGCACGCGCGCGCGACACCUCGCAGACCCCUUCUCUCGUUGAAAUCGAAGGACUUUCUCUGUCGAUACGAGGCCCAUUGCUUCGCCUUAUGCCAUUGCUGCGACUUCGACGCGUGCGACUGCGAGAUGACGUGCCCGGACAACUGUUCCUGUUAUCACGAUCACAGCUGGUCGAGCAACGUGGUGGAUUGUUCGAACGCCGGUUACAAGCGCGUACCCGAGCGCAUCCCUAUGGACGCGACUGAGAUCUAUCUCGAUGGGAACGAGCUCGGUGAUCUCGGUAGUCACGUAUUCAUAGGGAAACGUCGUUUGGAGGUGUUGUAUUUGAACAACAGCGGGAUCGCGGCUAUUCACAAUCGGACGUUCAACGGCGUCGGUGCGCUGCGCGUUCUUCAUCUCGAGGACAAUUCGUUGCGCGAGCUGCGCGGCUUCGAGUUCGAUCAAUUGGAACGCAUGUCCGAGCUCUAUCUCGAUCACAAUGCGAUCGCCACCGUGGGCAAUUCUACGUUCAAACGAAUGAAGAAUCUCGAGGUAUUGCGUUUGGAUGGGAAUCGAAUCGUCGACUUUCGUCCCUGGGAAGCCCUGCCUAGCGUAGGCGACGGUACCAAGGUGGCCCUCGAGGGCAACGCCUGGAGCUGCGAGUGUACCAACGCGGCGAGACUCCGGAGCUGGCUUGCCGAACACCGCGGCGAUCCCGAGAAGAUGUAUUGCCGAGACGGCGUGGAAACGUUGGCCCAAGCUAUGAAGAGAUGCGGCGACCCAUCGACCGAAGCGGUCAGCCGUGGGAUACAAGAGAUUCCUCUGUUAGGCGGUAACUUCGUGCCUCUAUUGGCCGGGGCCCUGGUGGCCGUUAUAGCCGUAUGCCUUAUCGUCGCCUUGGCCUUUGCCUUUCGCCAGGACGUAAGGCUCUGGGCACACGCUCGUUACGGGCUAAGACUCGGUAAAAUGCCAAGCGGACCUGACGACGAGCGGGAUCGGCUCUACGACGGUUACAUCGUUUACAGCGAACGAGACGAGGAUUUCGUAUCGCGAUUUCUCGCGGCUGAACUCGAGGCUUCUGGCUUGACUCUUUGCCUUCAUUGGCGCGAUUUACCACCCUCGAGGACGCAGGAAACGGUGCCGUCCGCGGCCGCGGCCGCUCGACGUCUCCUCGUUGUCCUCUCGCCGGUAUUUCUCGCUAACGAGUGGCAACGCGUCGAAUUCCGAACAGCCCUACGUACGGCCCUCGAAAAUGUCAGACCGAGCUCGCGAAAGAGUCGCGUGGUCGUAUUACUAGCCGCCGAGGCGCCGGCUCGCGAUCCCGAAAUUCAGCUACUCCUUGGCAGUUGUACCGUCGUCGUAUGGGGCGAGAAGAGGUUCUGGGAGAAGCUCAGGUUUGCCAUGCCAGAUUCAUUGGACAAAAGGCGUCGCGACGCCGGCAAAAGGUCGAACGAUCGUAAGAAUCGUGUGCCCGCGAGAUACACACCGGCACCGACCUCCGCGGCCGUCGACGUCUGGAGCAACGCCAAUGGCAAGCCUAAUGGGGUCCUACUUGCGCCGGUACACGCACCCACGCCUACGCCCACGCAAUCGACCUACGUCAGUUCGGCCUCGAGCAGGACCGAGGACGAGGACAGCGGUGCCGAGCAUCAGAACAACCAUCACCAUCAUCAUCAUCAUCAUCAACAUCAGCACUCUACUGCACCUCCAAACGGUAGACCGACUAGUGUCUCCUCGAGAGGCAGCCAUCUUUACAGUACCAUACCGGAACCCCCGGUCGUCGUGGUGCCAUCCGCGCCACCCGGUGAUACUUCUACCAAUCCGCGUACUUACUUCGUCUAGUACGAGGGCUCGACGAUUAUCGCGGCGACGACGACGACGACGACGACGACGACGACGACGAGGAGAGGUAUCUUUUCUUUCGCUCGCUCUUCCACUACGAUGAUUCCUGAUCUACGGGGCUAUCGCCGAGGAGGAUGGAUCGCGCUGGAUCCGCGCCAAAUCUUCCUACCUUCGCAUCCUAACUCGUCGACCACUUGUGCCCUUUUCCCUAUAAGGGUGCUAUACUUUAGCUUCCUUUCCCAAUUACUCAUGAUCCAUCCGCUUUCUUUCUUCCUUCCUUCCUUCCUCUUUUGAGUUUCGCGCGCUUAGCAGAUCGGCGAACGGAAUUAUUUAUUUUUUUUUCAUUUUCUCUCUCUCUCUCUCUCUCUCUCUCUCUCUCUCCUUCCCUUUGUGCGCGAACGCAAGGAUAUAUUUAUUUUCCAAUCGAAUCGUCGGACGAUCCACGCAGAAUCUCGACGGAAUUUAGUUCGAGGUAGAAACGCGAGAAUUCGAAUCGACGCCGCCUUUUUGUGUCACUGCCCCGCGAGAGAUCGAUCGCAAGUCGUAUGGGAAAUCUCUUUCGUAAAAUCGAUUCGAUGCUCGUUCGGAUCUCUCGUAAGUCUCGCCAGGAAUUAUUUCCGUCCGGUGUGCGUUAUCGAACGGAAAUGUGAUUACUACGUCGCUACGAUAGUCGAGUUUUCUAUGGAAAAACUCGACAUAGGAUCGUCCCAUUUCUAUUUUCGUUCUUUGGACCAGCCGUCGUUUUAUUAUACUUUAGUUGCUUUUCUUUUCUUUUGUUUUUCGAAAAGAAAAAAAGGAAAAAGAAAGACAGAAAAAAAGAAAAAUAGAGAGAGAGAGAGAGAGAGAGAGAGAGAGAGAGACGCAAACACGUGAACGAUAAAUAUUUCUUUUUGUAUCGCAUUUACGUUCGUCGAUCAGUGAUAUAAUUGCAAACGAGCGAGAAAACGAACAGGACAAGAUUAUUGUAUUUCGUAAGAUUAGUAUAGUGUCAAAGUGAAAGAUAAGAUGACGAAAUUUAGGAAAAAGGAUAAAAGACAGCAGAAACUUGGCGAGAACCUCGUUCCUAAGAUUCACGACCGUUCACGGUGACACGGAUGCGACGGUCGCAUAACGCUUAUUAGUACGUAAGUCGAAUUCUCUUGUAAAUAAUGUAUCUAAUUUUGUAAAUAUUCAGACGCACACUUUCGAGCACACACACAUAGACACACACACACACACGUGCGCGAGCGCAUACACAUAACACACCGACGCGGCCAGCACUUUGUAUUUCAAGACUGACCGUGCCAUCGCGAUACGUCUCCUUUUUAGGUUGUAUAUCGAUUUGCGUUAUAAAUACGAAUAUAAAUAUAUAAAUAUAAAAAAAAAAAAAUAUAUAUAUAUAUAUAUAUAUAUAUAUAUGAAACUAAUGUAAUAUCAAUUGUACUGUACUGUUGUAAAUAACGCUCAUCGAAUCACGUAUCGUGUAUUUGCAGUCUGUAAAAUGAGUAUUAAAUUAAUUGCCACUUUCCAUUUCAGCAAAAGAAUCAUGAGAAAUAAAGACGUUUGUUUUAUAAACGAGUUUUACCAUGAUUAGCAUGUUUCGCGAAUCGAAUUAGUAUAUAUAUAUAUUUAAAGUAGAUACAUAGUAACGAAGGAAACGACUUCAUUUACUUUCAAAGCUACUUAAAAUUCGUCCGAGGGGUUGCCUCGUCUUAGAUACAUAUAUAUUACGUUAACUCGUAGAUACGACGGGAAGGUUACGGUUCUUCGUCGGUUCUACCAGUCGGCAGUCGAUUUGGCAAAAGUCUGUGAACGAAAAGGAAACGAAGAGAAAGGGAUGGGGGAGUGGUGAUCCGGGGAAACGUUGCUCAAGGGACGUGCCAAGGGUAAAGGGACUACUCCACUCCGGGUGUGUCCAGCAGAGAGAUUUAAUCGAGGCGACUCUCUGCGGCAGGAGAACCUUUGUUCGAAGUUUCGUUCUAGUCCAACAUCAACCUCCAUUACGGUUGGCCAAAUAAACAACGGACCGUUUUACGGAAUAACGCGAGCAAGCGGAUACCGCUUGAAACGUUUCGAAACUCGACUUGGACUCCUCUCCAAAGACGAGAUAUUAGAUCGUACCUCGUUUCGCUCUUCCUUUUAUUUCCGGCUUUCUCCCCUUAAUUAAUUUCCUAGCCCUGAUCGAGUGUCGUUGGACUUUCUCUCUCUCUCUCUCUCUCUCUCUCUCUCUUUCUUAUUUUCGCGAGCGAGCGAACGAGCGCUUCUUCAAACUCCUUCAACUUUUUCUCCUUAGAACGAAAGUACCUAUACCUAUAUCGUAUAUUUCGAAUUCAUAAUCCUCUCUAGUCGAGUAUUUUCUCCUUUUACAGUCGUAACGUAGUAACCUUUAGGAGUAUCCUUUUUGCUUCCCCUUCUCUCUCUUUCUUUUUUUUUUUCUUCUUUCUUUCUUUCUUCUUCUUCUUCUUCUUCUUCUUCUUCUUCUUCUUCUUCUCUCUCAGGUAGGAGGAUCCGAAAAUUUCUCCGUUUACUCGUCGCAUUACUCCCUCCGGUCACGUAGCUAAACGAGAUUCGAAGGCAUAAGUUACAGUUCGUCCGUAGCCGAGCCAACCGUGAAUCGCCUUUUUAAAGGGACGAGAAUGUACCAUGGCUAGACGAGAGAACGUAACCAGGGAAGUAAUAGUUUUAUCGAAGAAGCUCGAGCCUGGGGCUUCUCUCUCUCUCUCUCUCUCUCUUUCUCUUUCUCUUUUUCUACGUUCGUUAGAAUAUCGGCGCACGUUCCGUUAAAGGGGAACGUGAACGCAAAACGGCCUAACUUCUCCUGGGAACUCGAUUAUCCGUUCAACGAUGGACGAUAAUUUUAGACCGAUGCACGAGACCCUUUUAUUUUCUCAAACCCGUUCCUAUUCCGAUGAAAGAAAGAAAUGUACAGCGAGGGCCGAUCGAUGUCUCGAGAGGAAAAAAAGAAAAACAAAUCUCAGAUCAUUCAUCACAGGUAUGUAUAAAACGCGAAUGCGUAUCUAUAAUUAUAAUAAUAGACAAGAGUUACAAUUUCCUAAUUCCUGAAAGGAGAUGAAUGGGUAAAAGGUGCGUUCGUCCUUUGAUGCCUCUAUUCUCAAUACAGAGUAAAAUACAGAGAGGGAGAAGAAAGAUUUAGGAAAGCCUUCGAGCUAUGCAGAAAAGUUUGUCCUCUCGGCGAUGUUAAUGACAUCGCGACUUUCGUACGGUCUCUCGGCUUAAUUACAUUUACCAGACGUGCCUCCGAGCGAAUGGAACAGUAAUAAUGAUAAUAACGGUAACAACAGUCCAGAGAUCGAAUGGGAUAUACUGUAAGACCGUAUUUUACGUAAAACAAAUAUACAUGCAUACAUACAUACGCAUGUGUGUGUGUUUAUAUAUAUAUAUAUAUAUAUAUAUAUAUAUAUAUAUAUAUUCAUACGUAUCUGGAUACAUGCCUUACAAGGUUAGAUCUAAAGAUCGUAGAAAAAAUCAAGUUGAUAAUUAAUCGAACUCUUUUUCCUAUUACGUUUAUUCUUUCGCCAUGUUAAACGAAUAAUAAAUGAAAUUGAAACCCGCGCGUGAAUAAUACUACAGGAUAUUUUUACAAACAAAGGGUUGGAAAAGAAGGAAAAAAAAACAAAAAACAAAAAACAAAAAAAAAAAAAAAAAAAGAAAAAAGAGAAUAAAAAGAUAAAGAGAAGCUCAUUUUUUCGUGGCUUUCAUCGAGCAACCACAUCGUACAGUUUUCUCUUUCCGAUGGGACGCGGCGCCUGGCUACGGGAAUUGCAUUAAAUCGCAUUCGAGUCGAGUUUUCCGGCCUCUGAAACGGAGAACGCAUAGUUCGUCUCUAUCUCACUUUUUCUCUUUAUCUUUCUUUUUCUCUCAUUGUAUGAAACAAAGAGAGAAAGAGCAAGUAUUUCUCUGAUUUAUGCACGCUUCGCGUGCCAUUUUUACGUCCAUUUUGUUUUCGGGACAUUUGGUACGUUCCGUUGGUAGGUAAAGCUUAUGAAAAAAAUAACCAUGAUACUGUAAAAGUACUAGGUGGGUAUUGUACGAUUACAAUAAUGAAAUGAGAAUCGUACAGGAAAUUUGAUCGAUUUGUUCUACUUUGAUUUUAAUUUUAGAGUUUUUUCCCCCUUUAAUUCCUUCUUUUUCGUUUCUCUCUCUCUCUCUCUCUCGUAUUGGUAGAGGAGGAUAAUCGAUAAAGGUAAUCGAACGAAAGAGAAAGAGAGAGAGAGAGAUUUGAUUAAAAUACGAUAUGUAACAUUAACUUACUAGGAAUCUAAUCCAAUAAGUUUUCAAAUUACGAAAUAGCGGGUUCAUCUUAUCAUAGAGAAUAAUAAUAGAAGCUUGAAAGCUACAUCGUGUUCGUAUCCGUGUACAUAUGUAUGUAUAUAUAUAUAUAUAUACACACACAUAUAUAUAUAUAUAUAAUCGUACACGCUUUUGCAUUUUAAAUCGAGCGACGUAUCACGUCCAUGACGCGUUUAAUAGCUUAACGACUGCACAUCCUUUUCGCGGUGCCUUGAAUAUAUAUAUAUAUAUAUAUAUAUAUAUAUAUAUAUAUAUAUAUAUACAUACGGUCAAUAUCACGUUCGAAAGUGAUACAAAGUAAAUAAAUCUUUUUCGUUCGUUACAAUCGACAACAACUUGUCAGAGUUUUAUAUUUAAUUUUAAGAAAGCAGGAAAAAAAAAAAAAAGAAAGAAACCAAUUGAAUAUAUCAUUCUAAACGAUUCGCAUGCAAGACUAACGAUAAUUGACGAAAGGAUUAAUUCAUAAAAAUCAAAAUUUGUUUCAUCGACGACGAAGAUUGAAGGAAUGAAUAAUGUUUCCUUACAAACGUACGUUGCUUCUUUUUGUUUUUGACGAUGAGAAAGAUAGAACGAAACAAAAACGUAUUAUUUCAUUUAUUACAGAAAUUAAGAGAAAUGUGACUUAAGUAACAAAAUAUGUAAUAACGUGGAACUAUUCACAAAAAAAGAAAAAAGAAAAAAAAAAAAAUAAACAAAUACUAUUCAUAAAAAAAAAAAAAAAAAAAAAAAAAAAAAAAAAACGUAUGACCCGCGAUUAGUAUUAAAUAUUAAUAAUCAAAAAGAUCAAUGAUCCAAUGAGAUAAAUGAUCUGUUAAGGUAUCAUCGAAACGAAAUAGUCGAUGAUUAUAAACGGAAUAAACAAAUUGAAGAGUAAAAUAAAAGAAGAUGGAAAAGAAAGAAAAAGAAAGAAAGAAAGAAGAAAAGAAAGAAGAAAGGAAAGGAGAGAGGAACUAGAAAUGUUAUUCCUCGCACGGACACGCCUUUGAAGGUUGUUUCGGGAUCACGUUGUAUGUUCUUUCGUCCCUUGCUUGUCCAAAGUCGAGAGACGCGCAUUGAUCCUCUGGUAAACGGCAUCUCGUACGGUCACUGUGGCAUCGAUCCGUACGUACUUACAUACAUACGUAUGUACAUACACACAUACAUAUAUACGUAACAUAUAUGUAUACAUACUUCACAAACCUCUUUCUACUCUUAUUUUUUUCUUUUACUUCUCCUCUUUCUCUCUCUCUCUUUCUCUCAUUCACUGUCCUUCUUUCUUAUCCUCCUCAUCGUCUUCUAUUUCUCGUCGGAAAGGAAAGGAAAGAGAAGAGAAGGAAAGGGUAGCAAAGGGAUGAGAAGGGAAGAAAAGGGAGCUGAGGCGACGCCGUUGCAUCGAUCAACUGUCGAACGACCGGCCGCUAAUUGCAUCGGGCACAAUAUCUUGAUCAAAAUCGAACGCGGGGCGCUGGAAUUAAUUAGAACGAUGACGUGCUCGGUCACGGCUGGUCCCUUGUACUCUCCCAAGUAAAAUCGACGUGUUUCGUUGUUACGAACGAGAUAGCAUAUCUUAAGUGAGAGAUGUACUCUGUGUUUCUCUCUCUCUCUCUCUCUCUCUCUUUAUCUAUCUAUCUUCUCUCUCAAUGACCCCUUCUCGAAGGAAAGAGAAAGGGAGAGAGAGAGAGAGAGAGAGAGAGAGGAGAAAGAAAGAGAAAGAGAGAGAGAGAGAAGAACAAAUCAUUAUUUACGUUUCUUUACACUUUCUAUCUCGAAAUAAAGUAAGCGCUUAUGGAUUAUUCUCUCUAUUUCUUCCUAUUAUAUAUAUAUAUAUAUAUGUGUGUGUGUGUGUGUGUGCGUGCGUGUGUAAAGAUUAAAUAGAAUUUUUGAUAAAAAUGAGAAGAGGAGAAGGAAAAUGAAAGAAAAGGAGAAAUGACAUUUUUUUUCGACAAUUAUAUCACCAGAGUUUAAAAGGAAAGGCAAGAAGAAGAUCGAGUGAGUAGACAGCAUUUCGAGAGUCAUUCUUCUCUCUAUAUCUAUCCGUCUCUCUCUCUCUCUCUCUCUCCUUCUCUCCUUCUCUCUCUCACUUCACGGCACGGAAUCACGAGUUAUUCCGUAUUAAGUGCCCAUUCUGUGAACCCUCUUCUGGCGUGCCUUAUUCGGACUGAUUACACCAUAACGGCCAUCAAGUCAAUUUCCAAGUCGGAGUUUCGACUCUUCCAAAACCUUCUGGCAUAACGACCAACGCUAAGAACUGCAUCGUAAUAGUACGAGCAGUCUCCGGAUCUUAUCUAUAAUAUCGUAUUUUCGAGUAGAAAAAAAGAAAGAGAGAGAGAGAGAGAGAAUGUGAGUGAGUGUGAGCGAGAAAGAAAAUGGAUGCAUCUUUACGUUUACAAAUGUUCUCUGACUCACGAAAAUGAAUGUUUUUCGUAACUGAAAAAAAAGUAAAUCCAUAUAUCCUUUUGUCUAUCUCUUUCUCUCUCUCUCUCUCUCUCUCUCUCUCUCUGUCCUUUUCUUUCUAUUAGGUAGAAAUACGAGGGAGAAGGACGGAGAAUGGGAAGAUGUAAUUUAUAAAAGCGAUCGAUCGACAAAUUACUAGCCUCCGAGCGUCGCUGCCGCUUAAUUAAAGCAAUUAAAUCGUUGUCCGCUCGUUCAACGAAGCGAGAAGACUGACGUUUCGAAACCACGCGUUCGCUAAGUGUUUGCUUCAUAAAUUUAUAGAGAGAAAUAGAGAGACAGAAACAGAGAGGGGGUAAAACAUUUGAGAAAGGAAAUAAUAAUAUUUGUCGAAAGUUUAUUUCGACUAAUGGACGAGAUACGAAUCGAUUUUGUCGAGAAGUUGAAAUUAUUGUUAUAGCAAUAAUAUAAUCAUUAAUAUUAUUUUUAUUAUUAUAACUGUUAGGAGAGAGAGAGAGAGAGAGAGAGAGAGAGAGAGAGAGAGAGAGAGGAUUUCUUUCGAAGGUACAAAUAAUGAUGUUUUUAUUUCACAAAUAACGACACCCUACGAUUGUUUUCUAUAGUUUGUACAACUUAUCCGUGCCGAGCGAUACGGGCCCGAUUAAUAUACCUUUUUCUACUUUUUCCGAGUUUGCAUACUAAUUAAAAAGUCUAAUCGAGGUACGCUAUAAAACGCACCGACGCGAGAGAUCAUACGGUGAUAUAUAUAUCAUGCAUAUAUAUAUAUAUAUAUAUGCAUGUAUGUAUAUAUCGUAUAUAUGUAUGUAUGUAUAUAUCGUAUAUAUGUAUAUAUGCAUGUACGUAUAUAUAUGUGUGUUUGAGGAAGAAAACAAAAAUGGUCUAUUUUAUAGCGGCUUUACAAUAGCCACCGAUGCUUUCCGAAUAAAUUACUUAUCUACCUGUCUGAAUCGAAUGAGUGGGUGGAUGGAGGUGGGGAUGGGUUUUAAAAUGAGAAUUCGUUUUCUCUCUCUUUCUUUCCUUCUUUCUGUUUUUUUAUUUAUUUAAUUUUUAGCAAUUAACGCGAUUGAAGUUUGAUAUCUAGAAUGAGAGAGAGAGAGAGAGAGAGAGAGAGAGAGAGAGAGAGAGAGAGAGAGAGAGAGAGGAAAGGGGGAGUACAUUCUCUAUAUCGUUAUCGAAUCGCUCUUGAGCAGUAAUUUAUUAUGUAUCUAAAUAUUAGUGGUAGUCUCAAAGGUUCGACUCGAGAAGUGGAUAAAACAGCCAGCGAGUCGACUAUUUUCGAAAGAGGUUAUCUCGUAAAUAGCUGUUUUGUGUGAAAGAGGGAGAGAGAGAGAGAGAGAGAGAGAGAAAGAGAAAGAGGGAAGGUGUAUAGGAAGCGAAGGAGAACGGUAUCGUAUAUAAAGUUUCAACGACGGCUUAUCUCAAAGCACUUUAGCGGUGACCGUGAUAGGAGCGACAUCGUGCUUUCUUUCCUUCGAACACAUUCUAUAGGAAUUUAUUAUCCGACCUUCUAACUCUCCAUUUCUCCUUUUAAUUAUAAUUCAUAUUUAUCAAGAAGACCGUAGUUAUCGGUCGAUUUCCGGUUGUCUCGGGUUAAUGAAAAAAAAGAGAAUAAGAAGAAAGAAAAAGAAUUGUUUUUAAAAGGUACUUAGAAGUAAAGAUAUCAACGGGAUGACGAAGCGAAUGAAAAAAUGAGAAAGGAAAAGAAUAGAAGGGCGAGAAUUAGAAAAGGAUGUACGGCUACAGAAGUAGAAGAAGAAAAUGAAGAAGAAGAAGAAGAAGAAGAAGUGACGACGCCGCUUAAUUCGCAAAAAGGUCUCUCUUAUUAGCCCCUAGACGGGGGAUGCUUUGACGAAGGGUACUCGUGGAUGUCGCGAGUAUCAUACCAAUUGUUAGAGACAAAGAGAGAGAAAGAGAGGGAGAAAGGGGAGAAAGGUGGGAAGGUAAAGGGUGACUCGAGGGUAAAAAGGGCAGGAUGAUGCUCUUCUAUCAUUCCCUCUCUCUCUCUCUCUCUCUCCCUCUCUCUUCUUUGCUUUCUCUCUUUUAGUUCGUUCGAAUAAAACGGACCAUUUGGCAAGAGCAAGUAUAAGAAGGGCAAGGGCGUAGGGUAAAUAUGCCAACUCUUCGUACUCUUCGACACCUCUUUUCUCCUCUCUCUCUCUCCCUCUCUCUCUCUCUCUCUCUGGUUCUCUUUUUCAUACUAAGAGAAGCCGGAACAGGCGUGGUGAAACUUACUUCCGAGUCUUUUACUUCUCGCCGUUCUCUCUGCUGCAUCACCGGUGUUAUUCCAGCCGUGCUGUGCCGUGCCGUGCCGUGCCGUGCCGCGAGACUUUCCAAGGAAAUAUUGCGAGACUCCAGGCUCCUCUCUAACCCUUACAAAUUUCUUACUUCGUCGGAUAUACGUCGACGAGAAGUUUGAACUUCGUUUGUAGUUCUUCCACCGGCAGUAGAUCUUUCCAGCUGGAAGGAAAAAAAGAAAAGCAAAAAGAAAAAAAGAAAAAAUACCAACAGGAAAAAAAAAAGGAAAAGGAAAGUGAGAGCAUGGGAAGAGAAGGAUCGUGAAAUUUUUUGGGGAAAGUAAAAUAAUCACUUUUUCUUUCUAAUUUUCCUUUUGCUCUUUCUUUAUUUUUCUUUUUCUUUUUCUCUCCUUUUUUGUUUUCAACAUACAUCACAGACAUCCCCUCUCUGGUUCGUCGAACUUGAAAAAAUAUCAAUGAUAUCUACGUAAUACAGGGGAUUUAUCGAAAAGGAUUGAAUUAACCGCAAAAUCCAUAACUUGAUAUUUACGUGUGUCUAUAUUUCUAUAUAUGUAUGUCUGUAUGUAUUUAUUCGCACGAGAGUGAAAUAGAGAAGGCAAGGAGAGGAAAAGUUAGAAAUCGUUGGAUAUUUCCCGGACGUGAAAAUUCUUCAAGCGUGAAGUAGGUACAUAUAUAUAUGUAUAUAAGAGUAUAUAUUAAAUUAAGUGACAUUUAUCCUCGCGGUCAGUCAAGACGCGAUCUGCUUCUAUUUUUUUCUCUUUCUCUCUCUCUCUCUCUCUCUCUCUCUCUUCUUUUCAUUUCUUUUUAUCGAUCUCGAAAUUCCGAACUCGUUACCAUCGAUUUUGAUUUUAACGAAAUAUUCCUUUGGAUGAAAACGAUUCGACGACUAAAGCUCACAUGAAACACCAAAGCGAUGAAAUUUCUCGAGCAAACUACGUUAGUGGUUUUGGACGACGCAGUUGAUUCCCGCAAAUUUCUCUCUCUCUCUCUCUCUCUCUCUCUCUCUCUCUCUUUCUCUCUCCCUCUCGAUUCACAACGAGGGAACGAUCCGAAUCUCGUAGAAAGCAAAUUCAUGGUCGAGUAUAUGGACAACCGAGAGAAUCGUGCUACGUAUUUAGACGUACUAAGAGAGAAAGGGACAGAGAUAGUUAUAUACACACAUAUACACAUAUCGAGAGAGAGAGAGAGAGAGAGAGAGAGAGAGAAGUUUGAAGGAAAAUAGAAACCGAGUGGUUUCGUCGUCACGGCAACGAUCCACAAGCCAAGGAAUCAUGCGGUGACAAUUUCACGGAUAACAAUCCUAGUAUUUUGGACGACAGUAUCGCAUAGUUUUGUUUCUCUGAUCUUUCUCACCGAAAUCACGUUCCGUGCUAGCACGAUCGUUUAUACAGUUUUUAAUGAAAAAAAAAAAAAAAAAAAAAAAAAAAAGAAAAAAAAAUAGAUACGUACCUACCUAGAUACAUAUACCUAGAAGAAAAUAUGAAUGAUAAAUCGAGAUUUAUGUUUACAGAAUGUUCUUGGAAAAUUUAUCAUUCAUUCAUCCAUUCAAUGGAGUAACAAGGUCGUAAAUAGUUAUGUACGUAUGUAUGUACGAUUAUUGUGUACACAAGUACGUAAAUAUUGUUUUUAUCGUGAAUGAGAGAGAGAGACAAACGCAAGUUAUUAUUUACUUUAUACAUAUGUGAUAAACAUUUGUUAUGAAUGUUCGUCUUGCCUGUAUAAUUUUUUUUUUCUUUUUUCCUUUCUUUUUCUUGUUUUUUUUUUUUUUUUUGUAAAGUCUUUGUUGGUACAAAGUCACUUUGGUACUUACUUAUCUUGAGGUAUCUAAUAAUUGCAAUCAACAACCUUGGAUUUCUGUUUCGAAGAAGAGGUGAAAGAGCAGGAGGAGGAGGAGGAGGAGGAGGAGGCAAGGAGAAGGGAUAUGUAACUUGGAAGUCGAACGAAAUCGAAUAUACAUUUCUCGAGAAGUUUUUCAAAGAGAAACUUUCGCUCGUUUGUUCGUCGAUAGGUAUCUUUCAUUGGUUCAAGACGUAAGAGAAAGGAAAUAUAAAAAAAAGAAGAAGAAGAAGAAGAAGAGAAGGAAAAAAGGAGGAAGGGCAUCAGGUGGUUUGUAAGACGAAGUCCGUGCGCGUACUGGAGUUUGCUUACGAUCAAGGUAAAGUCCGAGUUCUUCAAACACAGGAAACGGAAGAGAGAGAAAGAGAGAGAGAGAGAGAGAGAGAGAGAGAGAGAGAGAGAGAGAGAGAGAAACGAGUAAGACCGAUCGCGAGAAAAGUUUGACUUCCCUCUCCCUCAUUUCAUUGUCGUCUAGGAAGAACCUCUUCAC